CGGUCUCGCGGCCUCAGCAUUCCGUCAGUGCGGGGAGGUUGUGCCGGCCUCUCCGGACAUCGCCCGACGCUAGCCAGGCAUACUGAGCAACUUUAGCAGAGGUCAGCAAAGACAGCAUUGCUUGCAAUUUGCCGAUCAACUAGGGCUUUUUUGCCGCACGCGGUCAGACUUGUUGGUCCCCGUCGUGAACCGACACUCGCUUGCCUUGUGUGGUGAUACCGAUUCCGACCAAGAAUGUCGGCCACAACUUUCUCCUACGCGCAAGCCGCGCGAGGCCAGACGGCAUCCCAACCCAGUCCGCAACAGACAUCGAGCCCUGCCCCCUCAACGACCGGCUCGCAGGGUAAGGACGACGCCUCCACCGGUGCCACAUCUGUAACAGCACCCUCAGUUGUGUCAAGCGGACCGGAAACUCAGAACCCAGAGCAGAAAACUGCAAGCCAUGCUGGGUCCGCCGCGUCAAAGCAGGAAUGUGAGGCCUCCUCCGUCGCCGGCACGGGCUCUACAGCAUCAGUCGCAGAGCCAUCCGGAAAGAUACCCCAGGAGAACGGCACAAAGGCGGCUGAUGUUCCGACUCGAUCUCGGAGCGAGGACAAAGGAUCACGCUCCACCAGUCGGACCUCCCGAGUGAACGAUAAUGUCGAAGGCAGGAGAGGCCGUAAGGGCAAGAAGGGACGUGGCGGCGACGAGAAAGCGCAGGGCGAACAGAAUCAGGAGGAGGAUGCAGAGAAAGUGAAGGAGGCGGCGAAACCCGUCAUUCUCACAGAGGCUCCUCCGCCCGCAGUUAACCCCUGGGCCAAGCGGAUGGAAGCACAAAAGGCGGCUGUCAAGGCCAAGCUAGCCUCCCCAGACGGCCCAGCCAUCAGCAACGAGGUGAAGCAGAACCCUUCACACGAAGAUUCGGCGAUGCACAGCACCACAUCAAAUGGCGAGAAUGCGCUACACAAAAAGCCAGUUGAGGCUUCGCGGCCUCCUGAGCAAGCACCACGCCGAAGCGGCCCCCGUGGCAGUCGGGCUGGUGACAAGGAUGAGAAGAACUCUACGUCCCUUCCGCCAGUUGCGGAUCCCUCGUUUUGGCCAGAUCCAAAGUCGGCCGCUGCGCGAGAGCAGGCUCCUCGCAAGCCGCAGGAGAAGAGUGACCCGCCCGAAAAGGAGGGCCAGGAUGAGUCUGGCCCGACCCGCAAGAAGACGUGGGAAAAGCUUGAGAUUGUGCACUCGGUUGUCUUUGAGACACAACUCCCGCCGCUUCGUGGGUCGAAACCUCGCGGUGGUGCGCGGGGUGGACGUGAAGCAGGUUCCAUGAGGGGCAACCACCCUGGUGCUGCCGGUGCUGCCAGUUCUGCCUCCCAACCUGGUGCCAGCUCAGCGAGCGACAAGGCACCCUCUCCUGGGGGCUCGACGGGCCCGAGGACUGCGACCACUCGCCCGCGUGAGGGAAGUAUCCCGGCACGUUCGACUAGUCAGCCGCAUGCAUCUCAGACGUCGAAGCGUGCCUCGAUUGACGGGGCGUCUCGAGACCAGCGAAAGUCGUCGGUCCCUGGGAACGCCGAGCAAGCGCGCGAUGUCAAUUCAGAUGCUCCAUUUUCAUCGAAGAGGGCCAGUGCGACCCGGGACAUCCGGAUGGAGAAUGGACAAUGGAGUGCCGAGGCUGGCCAAGCACCUGGCCGGACCCUCCCUCAAGAACGGAGCACCGUUCAGCACCGAGGCGACUACGCCAAAGACAGUGCACAAGGGCAGCAGUUUCCCGCACGCGAAGGCCGGCCGGAGCGCGGUCGCGGUGGCGGAUAUCGUGCCCGUGGCGGCCACAGCAGCUCGUCGUCUCACCUUGGAUCUGCGUCAUACGCUUCCAACGGACACUACCCAGCUUCUGGCGGCUUCCCGCCCCGUCAGAAUCCCAACGCCCACAGCCCUCCCGCUUUCUCCACCCAGUUCCCCGCGUCGUUCGGUCACCCGACGAGGGGCAGGGGAAACAAGUGGGCUAACUCUGGCCAGUCAGCCGCACGCGGUAGCACCGGCGUCACUGGAUUCCCUCCUAAGGCUGUCCCGGCGAAUGACUACACCAUGCCUCAGUACCCUCCCUACAUGUACGCGACCAUUUAUGAUCCAUCGGUCGCCAUCCUCAAGACCCAGGUGGAGUAUUAUCUGUCAGUGGAAAACCUCUGCAAGGACUACUACCUCCGCCAGCACAUGGAUGGGCAGGGCUUCGCUCACUUGUCGACAAUUGCGGGAUUCAAGCGGAUAAAGACCGUGACCGAAGACCUUGACCUGGUUCGCCUUGCUUGCUCGCUCUCUGACCAGAUCGAGUUUGUCAUCGGUGAUGAUAAUAUUGAACGAUUGAGGCUUCGCGAGCAGUGGAAGUACUUCGUCCUCCCUGUCAAUGAGCGGCUCGAGCCUUUCCGCAACGAUGGGCCGGCAAACUGGACUCCUUACAGCAGGCCUGAUGCGCAGUUCGCCGCGCCUUUCCCCGCCGCCCCAGUUGUCCCUCAGCCAUAUCCUCCUGCAGCCAAUGGCGCAUUCCCGGCUUUCGCUGAGGAACAGAUGUUCCAGUCAGCCUAUGCCAAUGGAGCGGCCUACAUUCCAGUCACCAAUGGUGCCGCGGUCAACGGCCACCUUCACGGACAUGAAUCUCAGUUGUCCGCAGGUGUACCGGAAUACGCACCUCCGCAGUCUCCGGUGACACUGGAGAGCAUGACCAAUUUCUCCGACUCCCAGGUGGAGAAUCUGAUGAUGAUUGUGAGUCGCGAAGAGAAGGAGGAGGCAGGCUCUUCUGAAGGUGCCGGCGUGGCAGGCUACGUCUCAGAGCAGCCCCAGGCAAGCCAGAACGCAGCGUCCCCCAGCUCGGCUGAGACUCAAAACGCUACUGGUGCUCCUGCAAGCUCUGAGCCGCCCAGCGCGGAUCAACUCGAACGCGGGAUCGUUUGGGUUGAUGGACAAGCGUCGGCUUUCCCCAAGGAUCAGACAGACAGGAGGCCGUACGCCGAGAUCCGCAAAGCGGCACUUGAUGAGCGCCAGAAUGCGAAGGCCGGCGAGACUCCCAGGUCCAUGCAGAAGCUCUACAAGUUCUGGUCGCGAAUGUUGCUGAAUGAUUUCAAUGCCAAGGUCUAUCAGGAGUUCCGGGAUCUGGCGCUCGAGGAUGCGUCGCGGGAGAUUCCUGUCAAGGUCGGGCUGAAGUACCUGCUCGAAUUCUACGACGGGCUUUUGCUCCACACCAACACCCGGAAGCCUUGGCCCCAGGACCGGGCUGUGCCAGAGAUCUUUACAUCACAUUUCAACGAGGCUGCUGAGCUGGACCGCACGCUUUCCGGGAAGGACGUGACAGCAGUUUAGAGCCGUCCAGAGCCAUGCUAGCUUGCGAUGCUGGCGUUCCCUCCGGCUGCCCGCGCUACCAACGGGCAUCCUCAGCGGUGGCAUUCAUUUGACCUACAGAAAAUCUCUCGGAUCACAGAUGAUUUGGGCGAUCUCGUUCGCUUCGGUGCUUCCGCGGCGCAAACACAUUCAAUGGUGGUACAUUCGGAAUCUGUCAAGGCUACAGCCUCACCAAGGGCGGUUAAUCAAUC